AUGCCCGCCGCCGCCGCCGCCGCCGCCCCGGGCCUCCAGCCCUUGACCCUCCUAGCAGGCUUCACAUACUACUCCCUCCUCGGAACUUACCUCGACACAGCCCUCCUCCUCCUCUUCACAACCUACCGCAACAUCCACCUCCUCGCCGCUCUCCUCUCCCCUUACAUCACCCCACACUCCCUCCGCAACCAGCUCCUCCUCCUCCCUGGCUUCCUCCUGGGCUUCAUCUUCCUGCAGACAUGUCGCUUCCUCCUAGGCCUGAACACCACCACAGAAACAGGGACGACGACAAGAUGGACAAGGACGGCCGUGAAACCGCUCUUGAUCCCCUGCACCACGACACACAGGCGGACGUUCCCCGAGAAACACGCCUUUGUGUACUCGUACCUCGUCGUCGGCAUCCCCGUCGGGUGGAAGGGCAACUACGCCGGCAUGGUCUCGUGCGACGUCGACAAAGCAGGCUGGUGGCUAUCGUGGUUCUCGCUGGCGCCGCGGACGGCGGGGAGGGCAUGGUUUCACGUGGAUCCGGCGGAUUAUCUCGAGCGAGGGAAUGGGCAUCUCGGGUUGAGGGGGAAGCUUGAUGCGUAUCUCACGUCACAGGGCGCGGAUCCAGCGCAGUAUCCCAACGCAUACCUCGUCACCGCCGCCCGGUUCCUGGGAUACCACUUCAACCCCGUGUCCUUUUGGUACCUCUACUCCAGAGACAGGGAGCUGACGGCCAUGGUGCUCGAGGUGAACAACACCUUUGACGAGCGGAGGAUGUACUUUCUCACCACGGACGCCGUACCCCUCAGCCAGCGUCUCGAUGACGAGAAAGGCACCGCAGAGCCAGUCUCACGAGAAGCAGAUGCAGAAUCCCCUGCUGGCGCCGCCAAAAAGACGCAGCAGCAGCAGGUCAGGAUGACAAAAACCUGGCCAAAAGACUUCCACGUCUCCCCCUUCAACUCCCGCAAGGGAUCCUACGCCCUCUCCGCAACAGACUUCUUCCCACCACCAUCCAGCGGCGCCGGCGCGGGCACCGGCGUAGCAGGGACCGACUACGCCUACACCCUCGACAGCACAAUCACCCUCUCCUCCUCCAAAAACCACCCCAAAAUCGUCGCCCGCCUCUUCAACUCGGCCCCCGCCAUCGACCCAGGCACAAUGACCUUCCUCCCCAAACUCAUCUUCCUCUGCCGCUGGUGGUGGGUAGGCUUCGUCACCUUCCCCCGCAUCGUCAAAGAAGCCGCCGUCUUAUCCCUCCGCAAGGGCCUGCACGUCUGGUUCCGCCCGGAGCCCCUGAAGGAGAGCAUCGGACGGAAAGCAGACGCGACGGAGAGCCGGCUCGAGCCCGUUUUCCGGGCGUACCUCCGUCACCUGGUCGCGCAGUCCACGGCCGCCAUCGCCGUCACGUACAUCCCCGCGGGAAUCUCUACCACCGGAGGAGGUGCAGGAGAAGGAGGAGGAGGAGGCACCACCGAGACGAUGCUCUCGCCUGCCGCCAGAAAGAACCCGAAACGCGCAGAGCACCUCGACAUCAAGAUCCUCACCCCCGUCUUCUACACCCGCUUCGUGCGCUACGCCCACGACCUCGAGGCCAUAUGCUGCGAAUUCCAAGACAACGGCACGCUCUGGAUCUCGCACCCAGAAGUCCUCCCAAAACUCAUCCUCAAGAAACCCGCGCCGCCCCUAAAGACGACAAACGUCCUAGACUACAUCUACUUCAGAGCCAUCCGCGCCCUGCGGCAGAGGCCCGACCGCAUCGAGCGGCCGCUGACCUCGGCCUCGAAGAAUCCCGAGACCGGCAAGGACGGACGACGAGGGGACGGCGCCGGCGUACAAAAAGUCGAUAUCCGCGACUUCCACAUCUCCUCCAUGGACGGCUUCGUCCUCGGGCAGACGGACAGGCAGACGCGGAGCGCUUACAGGUCGCUCGUGCUACGGUCAUUCCUCGCCGACCGCCUGGCGCUGGGGAGCGUGGAGCUCCUGGAUUUGCAGCACAUGAUCCUGCGCGCGGGCGUCGCUUGGGUCUUGUCGUCGACCGUAGCUCCGCUCGUGAGGUUGUGA